AUGGGGCGUGAUUCGGCUUUGAUCAAACUCCUAUCUCAGGUGGAUUUCGAGGAAAUCCAGUUGAAUGAACGAUCCCUCAUCAGAUCAAGGCAAUUCCUAGAAAGGACGCAGCCGGCCCCCGGUUCCAUAGGUGGCCGAAAGAAGAAAGCCGCCAAGAAAGCUGCCCCAGCCAAAGCAAAGGCUGAAAGCAAAGGAAAGGAGAAAGUAACCUCCUCGGAACCGCCGCAACAAACAGAAGAUGAGGAGUCGGCUUCCUUCUCUGAGAAAACCGAUACGGAGAAGACCGAGGAUGAUAGAACGGUCAAUGAAGCCGACAAUCCGGCCCAGAGCCCCAAUGAUGCCGGCCCUGACGCCAAUCCUGAGACCACCGAGGGUGGUGAAAAGGGCGGUGAGGAAGGAGACAAAGAAGCCGAUGAUGAAGGCGGCAACAAUAAUGAGGAGGCCGAAGAAGCGGAGGCCGAUAGGGUAACCCGAAAACUCCUUAAAGCCGCCAAGAGGCGAGCCGGGUCGAUUGAAGAACUAUACAUGGAGUGGCACGAGCACCGGUUUGGUACACCGUAUAGAGAAAUCCUACCGGGCCACACAGACGAGGAGUGCAUGCAAAGAUUGGAGGAGGUGGAAGACUUAAUGAUGAAUCUCACAAACUCCAAUACAAUUCAAGAGGUACAACACCGAACUUGUCUCUUGAUACCGAAGGUCCAACUACGGAAGCUAACCGCACGCAUCCGGAAAAUUACGGAGGAGUUCAAAGCGGUGGGACCAGAAGACACUUUAACACCGCGAGUGUUAGAAAGGCUUGAAAAAGCCAAAGGGGACCUUAUUCAAGAAAUCGACCGGCUGGAAGCAAUUUGCAACCAAAGGAAAGUACCGGUCUAUACUGCUCCCCAAAUCGAGAGGAUUCCGGUUAACUGUCCAACACCUCCAAGGGAGAUUGCGGCAUCGAAAGAAUCCGAUGAAAGAGCCGACCCCAACCUCACCGGGCAAUCCCCUCCUCCACAACCGGAAGUCCCCGCUUCAGACUUCACGAAAGAAUGGGUUGAGGACCGUCUUCAGAAGCUUGAAGCCUCCACAUCAGAACUGAUUGAUAACCGCAUUCAAGAGUUUGAAGACUCUGCGGUUCAGCCGUUCAAAGAUAGAUCACAAAGAAUAUUUGGUUCGGCCCUCCAGUUCGCCGACGCCACAAGGAGUCUUCUGGAAAGAAAUCAGGAACGGUUCUUAGAAAUCGGUGAAGAUCUGCAGGAAGAGGCAGCUCAGCGCAAUAAAUACGUUCAGCGAACCGAAAUUUUGGAGAAUUUGACCUCCGAGUUAAAGGGAGACUUCGACCGGUUUGAGAGAGAAACCGAUCAACGGUUGACAUCGAUGAGCGAUGACCUGGUGGGUACAACACUUAAACGGGUCUCCGAACUCGAGAAGACAAAUGUGGGUCUCGUGGCCGAACUAAAGGCGCUCUCUGAACAGGUUGCCGAACUGCUAAGGGCAAAGGUGAACGCGGAUGCCGCGGCUAUAGCGGCUGAUGCUGAAACGGCUAAAAGGAUCCAGGAUGCGCUGGAUGCCGAAGCAGGUAAAGAGAAAGAGGCACCGCGCUCUUCUCAUCUUACCGAAGAGGAAGCCGCGCGGAUUAGAAGGGGAGAGGCUUUAUUCCCAGGAUUUACAAAGAAAGCAGCCGCUCAAGCUGCGGAGGAUGCCGAGCGGUUGGAAAGGCAAAAACAGAAGCUGGAAGAAUUCGCCGCCGAAAACAAGAAGAAGAAGGCGGCCGCCUCCGCCUCAGCGCCGAAAAAGCGGAAGAGGGAGGCUCCUAAGAAGGAGGCCCUUAAGAAGGUUCAAAUUGCCGAGCUGCUCAAUGAAGUCACGGAACCGGUCAUCACAAGUGCAUCGCAGCAGGCCGACCAAGUCGAAGAGGAAGUCGAAGAGCAACUGCAGUCGCGGUCUACAAGACCGCGAGUCUCCGCACCGACCAGUCGACCGCCACCGGAGAAGAAAAAGCGGAUCAUAUAUGACUUCUCGGACUCUGAAUAG